UUCAAGGUUAUCUUUUUUGGUAAUGAUAUGCAUAAAAUUUCACUUUUCUGGGCUUCUGUUUUGUUUUGUUUAGUGUAUUGCAAAUCAUGGAACACAUUUGUUAUAAUUAGAGGAAGAAAGGACAAAGGACUUUGUUUGAAGUUUGUAUUUAAUAAUACAGGGCCUUGCAGAUAAUGGGAAGUCAUUCUCUUAAUGUACACUAAAAAUAAUUUUAAGAAGCUGCUGCUGGCCAAUUCUUUGAUCAAUACUUUGUGACUCUUUUUGACUGGUUAAACCAUCAAGAGGUAGUUACUUUUAUUUUCUGGUGCAGUUCAACUUAUAAACCUCCUUUUGUGGUCAUUUUGCAGAAUGAGGGACGAGGUGUGAUUGAAGCAGAAGUGAAACCAGUUGGUUGCAAGCAUUUGGCAGAAACUAUGGCCAUAGCCUGUAAUGGGAAUGAGCUGCCAUCCUGUGCUGGAAAGUUCACGUUUCUCCUUCCAGCUAAUAUUCCAACUGCUUACCACAUUUCCCUUAAGUUCAGAGCAUUAACUGGAGAAAUGCUAGAUGCAAUUUCUUUACCCAUCUUGACCCAUUAUCAACAAACAAACUUGUUGGAUUAUUGGGAGGGCCACUCCCUGCCAUCAUUGGAAUUGCCCAUUCCCAAAAAGCAACUAGUUGGCAUUCUUGGAAUCCCUGAAGCACAAAAGAUUGUCUCAUAUUUUCAAGAAUUGGUGGAAAAUGGUGCAAUUGGAUGCUUCAGACAAGAUCAGCUCCGUCUCAUCCAGCACACACAAACAUCCAAUCAUGUGAAGGCAAAAUUUCAGGAUUUGCUUCUUGCUGUGCAGUUAGAGGAGUGUCUCAUUGGCUAUCAGAUGGAAGAUCUUGAGGGUUGCAAGCGUGUAGGUGAACAUGUCUGUAUUCAGGCAAACAGGAACCAUUCAACAAACUAUAAUGCCCUUGUUGGAAGAGCAAAAAGUGUUGUCUCGGGGGCCUACAAGAUGGAAAAAGAGUUUGUGAAAGCAGAAGAACUAUUGGAUUCCUCUACUGAGCUGUUACAGGCAGUUGUUCCUGGUGUGGAGACUUCAAUCAACCGCACAAGCUUUGCUGCUUUGUUGUGCGAGAAGGCAGAUGUUGUGGGAAUCAACACAUCAGAAGAAAAAAAGUUGAAGAAAGCCUUGAAGGAUGUCAUACAGCACUACAGACACCAACUUGAGGGAAAUCAAAGCAGGAUAGCCAGGAGUCCUAGAAGAGCUCUUAUCAGGGCAAUACUCUACUACCUUUGUUCAACAAAAGAUAAAGCCACCAACUUGCAAACAGAUGUGUCCCAUAAGGCUUUAACACGAGCCGAGGAGUUUGCUGAACAGUUCAUGAGGGAGUUUCUUCCCAAUUGUCCUAUGAGAGAUAGGGCAGGGUUUUUUAAUGCUUAUGGUGAUCUGCUAACAAGGAAAGGACAUUAUGAAGAAGCCACCCAUUCAGUGUCUGAGGCAUUGAAAAUAGCGGAAGAUCUUCGACUAGGGAUAGAUGUAAAGGGAGCACGUGACCGACUUCAGCAACUCAAUCGGCUGGGUAUGGAGCGAGCGGAGACUGGAAGGAGCCAUCCUGAAUUUGCCGAGAGGAGAGUGGAGGAAUAUCACGGCUUCCAAGGACCAGGGUGUGAAGUCCUUCAAGGACUUCUUAUGGAACUCGAGAGGGCAAUGAAUUGAAACCCUAACAGAAAGGGAAGCUCCAAAACUUCGAAUAACGAGAUUUACCAUCUCCUUUAUUUAAGUAAACCAUCACGAACUGUCAGUCGCUGUCUGAAGCACACUCCUGGUAGUAUUUUUGUAAAAACAGAUUUCACAGUUGGGUGUCCUUUUGUUGCAGCAUCCAUUCAACGUUUGAAUGUACAUACUCUAAAAUAUAGAGGAGGAGUCGGCCAGUCAUAUUUUCCUCUAUAGCUCUAGAACGUAGGCGUGUAGAGCUGUAACUUUUUGUUGAAAAGCUGUAUUUUUCCCUUUUGUGUAAUAAAGAUGGCUUGAGGGAGAGAAAAAGUAAUUUACUGUAGUCGCAGCCUGAUCAGCUCGAUCAGCAGAAUGCGAAAAGACUAGGAAAGAUUUCGGCGAGUGAGCUGCCCCAUGGAUGAAAUUCUGUUUUUCUCGGAUAAGGAACUUCAAUGUAAAAGUAACCAGUAUAUUCACGGCUGUAGUCAUUAGGUGCGUUGAAGAAGUCAGUUCUAAGGACUGGUCUUGUUUUGCCGGUUUGUGCCUCACAUAGGGGUGACCUCAUCGCAGCUCACCCACUUCAAAGAAAAUGUUGCCGUCGUUGCGAUAUUAUUUACCACUGUACUGUAAUGAUUGCAAAUCGUGCUACAUGUAUUCCAGAUGGCAGUAUAUAGUAACGUAUUUUUUGUAUAUCGCAUUGAAUGGGGAGAUGGUAACAAUUUUACCUUGCUGCUAGACUAAACUGUUACUAAGGGGUUGCCGUUUUUUCCAACAGUGUCAGAGAAUCUUGAAUAGUCAUCCUUGUUUAUAUAAUGGCUUUGUUUUAAAAGCAUUUCAGAGAGAUGUGUGAAGCGGCGAAAACUUCUGUUAUAGGAGGAUUGACUGGUUUUCACGUAUGAAAAGGUACACAAAUAUCUGUCGGGCGUAAGCUUGUUAACUGUAAGCUAAUAAGAAUUUCAUUUAAUUUUAAAAUGUGUCCUUUUCCUUACAAUAAAAUGCAAGAUUUGUUGGA